UUGUAUAGAUAGAUACCCGUCAAAGUCCGUCGUUCCAGGAAGUAAACAAACUUACAAAGAAAUCGGCAUGUCAUAUCUCAAAGCGCCGAUUAAUGAAUUAAAACAUUAAAACUAAAGUAUGUCAUGAUGUGGAUAUUCAUUUGUGCUGUAAUAUUUGUUGUUUCGAACAAGGGAUAUGGAAUUGAAGGUGGCUGCUCUCCAAAGUUGGAUGUACCUUGUGAAUUCAUCAGAUAUACUGGUGAAGAGUGUUCUCCUGAGAACAUGCUGAAAAAGUUCCCAUUUUAUGAAACAAGUACAGCAAAAUUUCCUGGAAAACCCGGAUCAUUCGAGGCUGAUGCAAGUUAUAAGUUCUAUCCUAAAUAUAACAAAUGGUACCCGGCUGUCAACUUGACAUUCACGAUGCCACAAAAUGCUGGAAAGAAUUAUGUGAAGGGAUUUGAGGUGACUCGCUAUGAAUCGUCAAACACAAUUUCUUGUUAUAUAUUAGAUCUAUCUAAUAUUACAUGGGAUGAGAAUUCUCUCACAGAAUUGGAUACACUAUUCUGGCUAUAUAUGUGGCCCCUUAAUCCCAACCCCCUUCCACUGUAUAGGUUUGAGCUUUAUACUCUGCCAAAACAGGAAAACAGGGAGGACAGAUUUGACCAUUAUUUGAAUCUUAACAUUGAGUUUCAAGGGUACACAUCAUCAUCUACUGAAACAGCAAGAGACUGGAGGUCUACUAUAUCUCUUUCUAAAAACAACAAUGCUGGGACUAUUAAUGUUACCAUAGCAACGCCACCAACCAAAUUUGGAUUCACCCUGUUUGAAUAUAGUCUGCUUGACAAUAAGUCAGGUUCUAUACUUAAAUCAGAAAAUUCUAGACAGCAUUGGCAUGUGUUUACAGGUGUAACAACUGGGUCAUACAAGAUUUGGGUUAUACCAGUCAGAGAUGGGAGUUUCUGUCCAUGUAAAGAAGAGUCUGUAUGCAAGUCCUGUAUAACAACAUCAACAACAGGUUUUUUUUUUAACUACACUGGUACUGUGCCUUCUACAACCACAACACUACUGCCUGUGAAUGUGCCGGUAACCAAACCAACAGGAAGUGAGGUCAUCACUGAAAAAAGAACAGAAAAAUCAAGCCCAGGAGAGUCUGUAACACUUACAGAUGCGUAUAAGCGUUCAACAACAGAGAGUAAUGAAAUUUCUGACACCAAGGUUGCUUUUGCUAUAGUUGGUUCCAUUGUUGGGCUUGCCUUGGCUGUCAUCAUUCCAGGAAUUAUCUAUUACAGCAGAUGUAGAAACAAUGGUGGAGAGAAAAUAGUAAGAAAUGGAGAUCAUCCUGACCUGGAUGGAUCUCCUGUAUUACCGGGUAAAAACCCAGGCUAUGCUGAUGAAAUAGCUUCCAUAAUGACCUUCCCAAACUCAAUUCAUGGUAUCAAUAAUGGAAAUGCGGAGAAGAAGCAGCUGACUAAGAAGCCGAAGUUAUGUCUGCUGUUUGAAGAUGAUCACCAGUAUCAUCGUGCUGUUGUGAAUCAUUUCGCCACGUUUUUACAACAACAUUGUCAGUGUAUUUCUAUGUGUGUCGAGUGGCAGCUUGACGCACCGUGGGUACAUGAGGAUCUCGACCAGGCUGACUUUAUAGUGAUUGUUAACUCUGAAGGUGCGUAUUCAAGCUACAUGGCUAGGUACGGGCAGAAAAAUUCAUCGUUGACAGUCAACCAGUCACCAAUGACGAGACGAAUGUCGAGCAUCAACAGCGUGAGAAAUAACUUUUUACGCGAUGAAAGAUACGAUAAUAUAUUAAUGAUUUAUUUUGAUUACACAGAUGAAAAAUUUAUCAUUCCAGAUAUUUGCCCUGGCUUUAAGUACCGGCUCCUUAAACACUUUCCCGAUUUUCUUCUCCAUAUUCAUAAAUUGCGUCGAACAGAUAACCUGUCAGAUUACGACCUCCCAUUUGAUGGCAAGUUUAAUACACGGCCUAUUGGACAAAAACUUCUUGAGUCAAUUGCUGCAGCCGAGCAGUACCAGCAACAAAACCCGAAGUGGUUAGAAAAACGACUAUGCUAUGACAGAUUGUGGUCAAUUGCCAGUGAUGAAAGCAAAUAUGAUUCUGGAAUUACAGAUGAUUAUAAUUCAUGUGGCAAUACCCCACAAAGUGAAAGGUCACCUCCAUUUCAUACCUCUCCUCAAGAAGCAGGUCUUCUCCAUCUUCUAGAUGGUCAAUCACUUCUUACAGUCAAUCCCUCUGACAUUGGACUUUCAGUUCCACCUCGCCUCAAUGAUUCUUCACAAGAAAAUGCAUAUGUCCUCAAUACCCACAAUACAAAACAUAGACCAAAACUGUUGCCACAUAGCUUUGUGGCAAAUUCACAAAAUUUGUCGAAUCAUUUGCCCACCCCACCCACCUGCAGUACUGUUGAGGAUGAAUUUGCUUUCAUCCCCCCAGAUGACCUUGAUGAUGAUUUUGAUGUUUUAAGUAAGACACAGUCUGAACAAAUGAAAAGUAUUGUUGACAGGUACCAUGCUAGAAAUAACAUGGGAAUCAGUCUUGAAACUCAUAGUGAUGAAGGUUAUGAGAAUGGGCAUGAAGCAAGGGACCAGUCUGAAGGUUAUGACAGGAAUAGGGACCUGCUUUUACUGAAAGUUCAGAGUGGGGAGGUCCCAUUUAUUUCAUGCAUGAACAGUGACAUAGUCAGCUUAGGAGGGGAAAGUGUUUAAAGGUGCUGUAACUACUAGUUACAUAGCAUUGCAAGCAUUUAAUGUUUACGCAGUAUAAGUGCCUUACAUGUAAAGGGGUGGGGGUAAAAUUUUUGUUAAACAUAUGAACAGUUGGGACCAAAUGUAUUUACUUCAUAACUAUUAAAAUACAGAUACAUUAUACUGGACUAACAUUAAAGAGUCUGAGUCAAAUUUGAUGCUAUUAAGUGUCAGAGAAGUUGAAUUUUAGAUAUCCAGGUAUCAAGAAUGUUGUUUUUUCCCUAUCAUUAAAAGCGUUGUUACUCCUUAUUGUACAUGUUUAUCUGUUUAUCAUAUAUCAGUAGCUUUAAUUAGAAGGAAGAAGUUUUCAAUUUUUCAAUUUUAAAAUGUCUACUUAUAGCAUAUUACAUGUAAAAUGUUGAUAAAUACAUUAUAUAUAAGUAUUGAAAUUUAUUAUAUACUUAUAAAUGAAAUAUUGAGAAAUAUUGAUGAAAUAAAAUGCGUAUUUUCAUUUUCCGUAUUUUCACUGUAAAAAUUUAUUUUUCACUGCAGUGAAACAUAUUUUCCGUAUUUUCACUGGUGUCUUGCCGGACUACUUUCUUUUAAAUUCUACCAGUACACAAAAUUUAAGGGAAAGUUUUUCAACUUUUAUCGCAAAAAA